AUGAGAUUUGUUGUAUUCUUAGUUGUUUUAUUAUUUGUUGCUUUUGCUGCCGCUAAAAACGGUCACACAAUCGAACAAACCCAAUUUGUUGCUUUCCAACAAAAAUAUAACAAAGUUUAUUCAUCAAAUGAAUAUUCUGCUAAAUUCGAAACCUUCAAAGCUAAUUUAGGUGUUAUUGCUCAAUUAAACCAAAAAGCCAAACUCCAUAAAUCCGACACUAAAUUCGGUGUUAACGAAUUUGCCGAUCUUUCAGCCGCUGAAUUCAGAAAAUACUACUUAAAUGCCCAAGUUGCCAAACCAGAUGCCAGUUUACCAAUGGCCCCAUUAUUAACCGAAGAAGUUCUCGAAACCAUCCCAACCGCUUUUGAUUGGAGAACCAAAGGUGCCGUCACCGGUGUCAAAAACCAAGGUCAAUGUGGUUCAUGUUGGUCAUUCAGUACUACUGGUAACAUCGAAGGUCAAUGGUAUUUAGCUGGUAACACCCUCGUUGGUCUUUCAGAACAAAAUUUAGUUGAUUGUGAUCACCAAUGUAUGGAAUACGACGGUCAAAAAUCAUGUGAUGCUGGUUGUGAUGGUGGUCUUCAACCAAAUGCUUACCGUUAUGUUAUCGAAAACGGUGGUCUUGAUUCAGAAAACUCAUACCCAUACUUAGCCGUUACUGGUGACAGUUGCAAAUUCAAAUCAGGAAAUGUUGCUGCUAAAAUCUCAAAUUUCACUAUGAUUCCACAAAAUGAAACCCAAAUGGCUGGUUACCUUGCUACCCACGGUCCAUUAGCUAUUGCUGCUGAUGCUGCUGAAUGGCAAUUCUACAUUGGUGGUGUCUUUGAUCUCCCAUGUGGUCAAUCAUUAGAUCACGGUAUUCUUAUUGUUGGUUUCAGCGCUGAAAAGAACAUUUUCGGUCAUCUUAAACCAUAUUGGAUCGUUAAAAACUCAUGGGGUGCCUCAUGGGGUGAACAAGGUUAUUUAUAUCUUGGUAAAGGUAAAAAUCUUUGCGGUGUCUCAGAUUUUGUCUCUACUUCAACCAUCAAUGCUUCAUUAUAA